AUGGCCAAGAGGGGAAAGACUCACGGGGCCUGUGCGCUCAGUCCGUCGCCCGUCACCCGCCAAGCGAGAAUCCACCCCGCAAUCGAGGCGCCGCCCUUCCGUCUUCAACCUGAGGUGGACCUGGAAGGCGCGAUGCUCACAAGGCUUGCGAUGCUUAAUCGAGGAUAUAUGUGCGUCGCUAUGUGUCUCGUCAAGUAUCCGGACGAUAAGCAAAACCACUUAGUCAACCACGUCAAGGUAACAGGUGUAGUGGUAGAGCGGAACCCCUCAUUCCAGGUAAACGAGCCGCGAACGACGACACGGACCAAGACGGACGAUUUUCUCAACGAGAGACCGGGACAGCACGGCGUGCCGGAGGCGACAACCAGGCAUGUGCCAGUCCUCAACCCCGGCCCAUUCGACCUUAAUGCGUUUCCUCCCUUCCGUCGCUUCCGUUUCGCAGACAUCAGCUAA